CAGUUUCGGUAACAGCUAAGCGAAGAGGACGACAAGGACGUACGCUGCGCACAGCAACAUUUUAGCAGCGUUUCCGGCUACAUAAGUAGUCUUUUAUUAAACGUACAAACACAGAGAACAUAAAACCCACCGGAGGAGCUUUAUAGUUUGUCCUCCGGCCAGGAAAAGAGCCGGUUUAAAGGAUUUUGGUGGCUGGCUGUGUCGUUUCCUGCUCAGCCUUUUGUUUUUCACUGUCGGGUCCAAGCAGGCGAGCAGCAGCGCCCCCUGUGCUCCAGCAGGGAACAGCCCGAGGAUAGGGAGCCAGACGAGCGGCCGAGCCUCUUGCCUACCGUGCGACGUGGGUAUCCACAGCUCAGCCGUCCGAUGCGGAGUGAGGAUGAGUCCCGCUCUGGAAGCCCUCAUGCAGGCGGACGGGACUCCCUAUCCCGGGAAAGGGGUGAUGCUUGAACCCUUCGUGCACCAGGUGGGAGGCCACUCCUGCGUGCUGCGAUUUGGGGAGCAAACGAUCUGCAAGCCUCUCAUCCCCCGAGAGCACCAGUUCUACAAGAGCCUCCCUGCAGAGAUGAGGAAGUUCACCCCUCAGUAUAAAGGUGUAGUUUCAGUCAGUUUUGAAGAGGAUGAAGAAGGCAACUUGUGCCUCAUCGCCUACCCCCUCCACAGCGAAUCAGGCGACCUGGAAAACAAAGACCCGUCAGCAGACUGCGAGCCCAAGAGCAAGAUGCUAAAGUGGAGCAACAAAAAGCAGUCGCCUUUGCUUCUGGACAAUGACAACUAUAGCAAAGAAAGAACUCGACAUAGCCGUAAAGAGGACAAAAUCAUGAGUUAUAAUCGUGAUGAGGUUCCACAGCAACAGCAGCAAGCAGAGGUUCUAUAUUUCAGUCUUGAGAAAGGCAAUGUGGUCCCACAGAUCAAACACAACCCAUGGAGCUUGAAAUGUCACCAGCAGCACUUACAGAGGAUGAAGGAGAAUGCAAAGCACCGCAACCAAUACAAAUUUAUCCUUUUGGAAAACCUGACAUGGCGUUACACAGUACCAUGUGUCUUAGACUUGAAGAUGGGAACUCGCCAACAUGGGGAUGAUGCAACAGAGGAGAAGAAAGCCAAUCAGAUUCGCAAGUGUCAACAGAGUACAUCUGCAUCCAUCGGAGUACGGCUUUGUGGCAUGCAGGUCUACCAGUCAGACUCUGGCCAGCUGAUGUUCAUGAAUAAGUACCACGGGCGUAAGCUGACCCUCGCAGGCUUCAAGGAGGCUCUGUAUCAGUUCUUCCACAAUGGUCGUCGCCUGCGUCACGAGCUGCUGUCUCCAGUGUUGCGCAGACUUCGGGAAAUGCAAGCUGCCCUGGAGGCCUGUGAGUCCUACCGCUUCUACUCCAGCUCCCUGCUCAUCAUCUAUGACGGAGACCCUCCCAGGACUCCCACUAGACCUAGACAUCGUGGUGGGGAAGAAGGCGAUGAGGAUGAGCCAUCUGAUGAUGAUGAAGAAGAGGAGGAGGAGGAGGAAGGGGCCUUCGGUUUCCCUCGCUCCUCCUCAGCAGGCGGCAGUUCAGGCGUGGCUGGAGGAAGCAGCAACAGCAGCAGCAGUCGUUCAUCCCACAGCGCAGGAGAAGCCAGCAGCCCCUCGGUGGAUGUGCGCAUGAUUGACUUUGCUCACACUACCUGUCGGCACUACGGAGAAGACAGCGUAGUGCAUGAAGGCCAGGACAGCGGGUUCAUCUUUGGCCUGCAGAACCUGAUCACGAUAAUCUCCCAGCUGGAGGAUCACAGUACAGACUGAGGAUUCGGUGGAAUCAGCGUGGUCUAAAUUUCAAGCAUGGGAGGAGCUCAGUGAGCUGAAACCCUGCUGCCCUGAGGUGCAUUGUCCUGAUGCCCAUGUAGGCUUCUGCUUGGUGGAAACCUCAGACACCUCUGGGUCGGAGAGAGUCUGUGUGGUCGUUCCUGCGCUCUCACUUACCUGCCAGAGGAAAGGGGCUGCCUGUGCCCUUCCUUGCACUUUUCUCUUUUUGAGACUGCUCCUCUUCUUUGUUAUACAUGGUAGGAGAAAUAUUGUCUGAGACACAGGUCUCUAAAAAAAAACAUGGACUCCCGUAGCAUCCUAGGACUCUCCUCCCCCUCUCCUCCUCUGGUACAGAGUUUCUUUAUUGAUAAAUUCUCUCUGAGAGAGAAAGAGCGAGGCAGAGAAAAUUGAAGCUGUAGUUAGCUUAGGAGCCUGUCGUGGUGCUUUACCUGUGAUAUGAAAUACUUUGUUUUUUGGAUGAAGUUUGGACUACUGGUCCCCAACAGCACAGCACAAUAUUAGUGGGGAAGUUAAGUGAACAAGCUGACCUUGGCUGGCUGGGUCAGCAGCCUUGUAGCAAUUGACAAGUUAAGCAUCUGAUAAGGACUUUUUGUGUUUCUAUUAGUGUCUCUUAAGACACUUGUAACAAAUAUGGUUUGUUUGUCUACCAGGCACUUGAAUUUACACUUUUUGGUGGAAGAAGAUUAUUUAGAAGAAGGGAUUUGCCUUUUUUCAACGGUUGCUCUCCCCUGUGACUUUUUGCCUAUAAACAAGACUUUUUGAAAAGGGGGAUUGCAAAGGGGAAAUAUCCUUUUAUUUGUCACUCUUUGUUUUCGUCAGAUCUUCUCCUCUUCAUUCCUGAAAAUUUGACUUAAGAGAAUAUAUUGAUAAAAACACUAGCUACAAAAAGACUAUAUAGAGACUAUUUAUUUGAAAGGAUUGUUAAAAAAAAAAUGGAAAGAAGUACAUUCCAUGUUACCACUCUAAAUGUUCUGUCCUCCUGAUACAGACUUUGAUUUAUUUUGUUAUUGCAAGAGCUUUCUUGUAUACCUGUGUGUUAACAGUGUCUUGGAAAAUAAAGGCAUUCAUUGUGGUAAAAUUCA